GCGCCACUCGCCUCCUCCUUCGCCUCCGUCGCCUCCCGCCGCGGAAUCCACCCUCCUCCCUCCCCUCCAGAUUCCCCCCAAUUCCUCCUCCCGUAUAUAAACGCCCGACCCCGACGUCGCACAAGACGACGAACCCCAGCCGCCUCCCACGCCAGCAACUCGCCUCCACCAUGCCGCUCCUCCUGUCGCCCCACGCCGCAGCGAGGAGCCCGAGUCUCCGCCACGCCCCGUGCGUCCUCUUACCCUCUCGCGUCCGUCCUCUCGGCGCUAAGCCCCGCGGUGUCGGCAAGGGGAGGGCCGCGGUGGUGUCGGAGAAGCUGGCGGCGGCGGUGGAGGGGGAGGGGAGGAGCGGCGACGGGGAGGGGGAGCGGUAUGACGCGAUAGUGGUCGGGUCGGGGAUCGGGGGCCUGGUGGCGGCGACGCAGCUGGCGGCGAAAGGCGCGCGGGUGCUGGUGCUCGAGAAGUACGUCAUCCCGGGGGGCAGCUCCGGGUACUACCGCCGCGACGGCUUCACCUUCGACGUCGGCUCCUCCGUCAUGUUCGGCUUCUCCGACAAGGGAAACUUAAAUUUGAUUACGCGAGCACUAGAAGCAGUUGGCUGUAAGAUGGAAGUCAUACCUGAUCCUUCUACGGUUCAUUUCCAUCUACCUGGUGAUCUCUCCGUUCUUGUGCAUAGAGAGUAUGACGACUUCGUCAAAGAGCUGGUUAGCAAAUUCCCUCAUGAAAAAGAAGGAAUCCUAAAAUUCUAUGGCACAUGUUGGAAGAUCUUCAAUUCAUUAAAUUCUUUGGAACUAAAGUCCCUGGAAGAACCACUAUACCUUUUCGGACAAUUUUUUAAGAAACCUCUGGAAUGCUUGACUCUUGCAUAUUAUCUGCCACAGAAUGCUGGGGAUAUUGCUCGCAAGUUCAUAAAAGAUCAGCAGUUACUAUCCUUCAUAGAUGCUGAGUGUUUUAUUGUGAGCACAGUCAAUGCCUUGCAAACACCCAUGAUCAACGCAAGCAUGGUCUUGUGCGAUAGGCACUUCGGGGGAAUUAACUAUCCAGUUGGUGGUGUUGGUGGUAUUGCGGUGUCCUUGGCUAAUGGCCUUGUUAACAUGGGCAGCGAAAUCCGUUACAAGGCGAAUGUGACCAAUGUUAUUCUUGAAAGCGGGAAAGCUGUUGGAGUGAGGUUAUCAAAUGGGAAGGAGUUAUUUGCUAGAACAGUGAUAUCCAAUGCCACGAGAUGGGACACAUUUGGAAAACUCGUGAAAGUUAAGGAGCUUCCGGAGGAGGAGAAAAACUUCCAGAAGAAUUAUGUUAAGGCACCGUCUUUCCUUUCCAUUCAUCUGGGUGUCAAAGCCUCAGCAUUACCCGCUGGUACUGAUUGCCACCAUUUUGUACUGGAGGAUAGCUGGUCUAACUUGGAGAAGCCUUAUGGAAGUAUAUUUUUAAGUAUCCCUACAGUUCUUGAUCCAUCACUGGCCCCUGACAGACAUCACAUACUUCAUAUAUUUACAACUGCAAGCAUAGAAGAUUGGGAGGGUCUUUCUAGGAAGGAUUAUGAGCAGAAAAAAGAGGUUGUGGCAAAUGAGAUUAUACGAAGGCUUGAAAAGAAACUGUUUCCUGGUCUUGAAGAUUCAAUCAUCCUCAAGGAGGUAGGAUCACCAAAAACUCACCGAAGAUUUCUUGCCCGGAGUGAUGGCACGUAUGGACCCAUGCCACGGGGUAAACCCAAGGGCUUGCUGGCAAUGCCUUUUAAUACUACUUCAAUAGAAGGACUUUACUGCGUUGGCGACAGUUGUUUUCCUGGGCAAGGUGUAAUUGCUGUGGCAUUUUCAGGGGUCAUGUGUGCUCAUCGAGUUGCAGCAGACAUAGGUCUGGAACAAAGGUCCCCUGUUCUAGAUACCGGCCUUCUCGGGGUCCUCAGAUGGUUGAGAACACUUGCAUAGAAUAGCACCGGACGUCGAAGAUUGAGAAUAGGUUUCAUGUCCACUCAGCAGAGGAUGGUAGCAGUCUGCAUGACUGAUUUUGUUGACACAUCCAUACAAUCGCAGCAGUCUUUGUGUAGCCAUUUCUCUUGCUGCCUGGUGUACAUGCGUAAAAUUGGUUUUCCAGUGGUGAUUCGUAAACCACAAAAUGACUGAGAAAGUAGGCUAAAUGUGACGAUUUCAGUCUAUAACUUGAGAGAACCAGAGAUCAUUUUUUUUGCGAGAACCAGAGAUCUGAAGCCAUAUCCCUGCACUGCAAGUGAUACUGUACAAAGAGUUGUACUCCCUCCGUCCAACAAAGGAUGUCUCAACUUUGACAAAAUUUGAAUGCAUCCUUUGUUGGACGGAGGAAGCACAUGUUGUAACGAUGUAAACUGGAUGAGUUCUAACUUUAUGAAUAUAAAAGAGCUUGUAUGUUUCA